GCGUCGAGCCAGGUAUGAAAUGUGAACGAUGCCGACUUAACUUAUGCACCCUGCCUGUUUUAAUGCCUUGAAUAGUGUUAGAGAAGUGUUUUACCCCCUGAUGUGACGCUGUAGGAUUAAAAUAUGUAUCUCUUACGUUAACUUAUUGUUGUUGCAGUUGAGGAAGCGCCGUUGAAAUCAGAGAGUUGGCCGCGUCAUCAGCAGCAAGUGCAGUUCAGAGUUAGUCCAGUCUGACGUCCGCCUGCGUUAACCGGACUUUAAAGGUGGAAAAUUCCGCUCUCAUCCUGACUAAUGGCUUAAAUACGGUGCUACUUGUGCUCACGGAGCUCCGUUGAGGAGGCAGGGAGGUGAUGGUGGUUCGGCUCUAAACUCACAGCAUCAUCAUGGACCAGCGGAGGCUACCUGCCGCCCACCUGUAGCAUCAACCGGCGGCAGCAUGGCGAACACGAGCCACAGCACCGAGGACCCAGGAGAUGGACGCUGUGGUGUUUCUGGAGGAACCAUAGUGGAGAACGGUUGCAUAGUCAAAGACCUGUCUGCCUCAGACCUCCAUGAUCAUAUGAACCAUCACUGCCAUGUUCCCAUCAUGCACAGCGAGCCCAUCAUUCCCACCUUCACGCCAACCUGCUCCUCCACCCCCAUCUACUACAGCAGCCCCCAGAAGAGCUGCUCCGACCUGAACCAGGACUGUCACAGCUUGUCCUCUCAGGACUCAGGGAUCCCGACUCUGGAGAUCAACCCCCCAGAGCCGAUCCUCCACGCCAGUCAUCGCCCUGGAGAUGGUGCCCUUAUCUUGGACUCCCCCCAUGACUCACCUGCAACUCUGCCGUUGGACGAUGAUUCUUCUGACAACACCAUCCGCAAAUCCUCCACCUUUCCCCGCAGCGGCUACGACUCCAUCCGCCUCUUCAGCCCCGCCCUCAGAUUAUCCACCAACACGGGCAUGAGCAUUGGGGGUGGAGCCUUGAACCGCAGUGAUGACAUCUCGGUGUGUAGUGUGUCGAGCAUGAGCACCGAGCUCUCUGUCUCCAAUGAAGACAUCCUGGAUUUCACUGUAACCUCAGACUCUAGCGCCAUUGUUACUUUAGAGACGGACAUCAGCCAUGACGCUCACUUCUCAGACGUGACCCUGUCAUCGCCCCAGGGGAACCUCAGAGACUUCUGGAGUCCAGGUUUUUCAGGACAGGACGAGGGCAGGCAGAAGAAACUGGGACCUUUGGCGAGUUUAUUCAACAGGAGCCUCUUUGCCAGAAGGGUGAAGGACAGUCAGCCUGUGGAGCAGAGAGAUCCGGGCUGGAAGCUGUUUGGAAAAGUCCCACCUCGGGAAACUCCCACUAAGGACCCCAAGAGAAUACAGAAGGAAUAUGAAACAAAGAGUGCCAGAGCUGGACCCGGCAACCCGACGUCUCCCAGGAAGAGUGUGAGGAAAAACUUGGACUUUGAGCCGCUCUCCACCACCGCGCUUAUACUGGAGGACAGACCUGCUAAUCUGCCUGCGAAGCCAGCAGAGGAGGCCCAGAAGCACAGACAGCAGUAUGAGGAGAUGGUGGCCCAGGCCAAGAAGAGAGAGAUGAAGGAGGCUCAGAAGAGAAAGAAGCAGCUAGAGGAUCGCUGUAAACUGGAGGAGAGCAUCGGCACAGCCGCCCAGACCUGGAACCUGGAGAUCUUACCCAACUGGAGCACAAUGUGUACCUCCCGACGGGUCAGAGAUCUGUGGUGGCAGGGCAUCCCACCCAGCGUCAGAGGGAAGGUGUGGAGUCUGGCAGUGGGCAACGAGCUUAACAUCACACAUGAGCUGUAUAACAUCUGUCUGGCUCGAGCUAAAGAGAAGUGGAAGACGAUGCCAGCGCCGUCCUCAGACACUGAAACUGAAGAUGCUGGUUCAUCGGACCGAGAGUCGAGUCUGGAGCUGAUAAAGUUGGACAUCUCAAGAACGUUCCCACAUUUGUGUAUCUUCCAGCAGGGCGGGCCAUAUCAUGAUGUUCUGCACAGCAUUCUGGGAGCAUACACGUGUUACCGGCCAGAUGUUGGCUACGUGCAGGGAAUGUCGUUUAUUGCAGCGGUCCUCAUCCUGAAUCUGGACACAGCCGACGCCUUCAUAGCUUUUGCCAACCUGCUCAACAAGCCGUGUCAGAUGGCCUUCUUCAGAGUCGACCACAGCCUUAUGUUGACAUACUUCUCUGCAUUUGAAGUGUUCUUUGAAGAAAACCUACCAAAGCUCUUUGCACAUUUCAAGAAAAACAACUUGACCCCUGAUAUUUAUUUAAUCGACUGGAUCUUUACGCUGUACAGUAAGUCUCUACCGUUGGACCUGGCGUGUCGGGUAUGGGACGUGUUCUGCAGAGAUGGCGAGGAGUUCUUGUUCCGCACGGCGCUCGGCCUGCUGCGUCUCUACCAGGACGUCCUGACCACCAUGGACUUCAUCCACAUGGCUCAGUUUCUCACCCGCCUGCCCGACCUCAUCCCGGCAGAGCAGCUCUUCCAGCACAUCGCCUCCAUCCACAUGACCAGCCGCAACAGGAAGUGGGGGCAGGUCCUGCAGGCGUUACAGAAGGAUCAGGAGCGGUGUAGCCCGGUGCUGAAGCGCUGAGCAGAAGCCAGAGCAGAACCAUCGCACACCAACGGACUCUACAAGUAAAACUUACCAGGUUAGACCAACCUGAGAGAGCCCGAGAGAUGAUCUGUGCUCUAACUAGACCCAGGACCCUGUAGGACGGGGUCUGUCAGCAACAAGGAGGGUGUGACGAGGAAUCCGAGGCCUUAUUUAUCUCCCAUCAACCCCUGCUCUGCUCAGAGACCCAGCAGAGGAGCUGAAAGUGUAGCUGGAGGAGGAUGAAUGUAACACACUCCCACUCUCAUGAAAACCAACCUCCUCGACUUAGAUUUAACUCUCUGCUUAGAACACUUUCUAACUACAACCUGACUCCCUUUUUCUUUAUAUUUGGUGAAUUCUACACCAAAAAACACCCACAUGAGUCGCAGUCUCUAAAAUCUGCGAGAUCUAAGGAUGACUGUGUUAAAGUGAAACCUCAGUUUGUCUCUUUCUGUCUCUGUUUGUCCUGAUUUUGUCUUUUCUGCACCUUUUUUUCCUGAAAACUUCAGGCAUUCCUUCAUUACUUUGAUUGCUUUUAUCUCUGUUUUUCUGGUCUGUACAGAUGUGUUUCCUCAUCCGAUCCAAGAAAUCAUCUGAGUUAAAAUCCAUGAAAAUGCACAUUUCUUCUCUUGAAGACAAGCUUAGUCUCUCUGAGAGCACCUCAUUGUUACAUUUAAUUUAAUCCCUCUAAGAAGAGAUUUAAAGCUGCCUGUAAAAUGUCUUACAGAGUAUUUAUGUCGAUGAAACUGGAGUUUAUAAUCUAGUGUUGCUGUUGAAAUGGAUGCGCCUUGCUUGUUCUUUCUUCAAGCUUCGUAUCGGCGUUUUUAUUUUUCCCGGUGAUCAGUGUGAGCGUGCUGUCUUUAAACUCUGUGUUUAUUUAAUAUUUAUCUAGCAGGACGUGUUCCAGUCUAAUGAAGGCUCCUAUACUUGAUUUCAACAUGCAGGCAUAGACGUACGUUUGCAGCGUUAUUCGUGCACUUACAGUUUAAUCUGAAGGAUAAAAGUGUCCACUAGAGGCAAAUAACUUGACAUGAAAAUGUCCAAGGAGCAGCAGCUUUUGAUCCCACAGCAACAAAAAUACAAGUCUUAUGUCUGAAAAAUUUUGUAAUUUUUAGUUUUUAGGUACCAAAUCUUGCAAAAAAUCUCCACAAAUUGAAGCAUUGCUACAGUAGUUGUGCAGUUUAGACAGUCUGGGGAUGUUGUUGAUGGAUUAAUUCUUGUCUUACCACCUCUCUUAUAAAUUAAAUGUAGUUUUGCUAAGGCUUUAGCACUUUUCGAUGCUGUUGUAAGAGAUCUAGCCUAAAAACUGGUACCAUCUGAAUGCAAUGGGCAGUUUCAUGCACAUAAAAUAAUCGCGGGAUUAGUUUGAUGCUGCAGAAAACUUAAAAUCAUGAUGUUUUGCAGAAUUUUCAAAACUGUCAACCAAAGUUUGAUUCGGAGUGAAUCCAAAGCACAAAAUAUAUGUACAAAUUUGACAUUGCUUCACCCAUUGAAUGCCAGGCUGUCAGUUGAAAUCAAAUUGCAAAUUUGCACCUGUGGCAAAAGUCUAUGAUGUAUGAAAGCCCUGAGCAGACAAACAUCAAUGCAUUUUACUUAACUCAGUGCUGUGAUAAUGAAAAAAAAUUGUUUUUUCCCUUGAGAUCUAGCAUAUUUUUCUUACAGUGGGAUAAUGAAAGUGCUUUUCCAUGAUUAUGUGAUAAUUUCUCAAAAUCUCGAGAUAAAAAACAAAAUGUAUGCUAUCCCUAGAAAACAGACUAAAGUCCAGACUGAAAGGUUUUUUUAUUCUAUACUACUGAAUGGUUGAAAAUUUCAGAAAUUUGGGUUGAAAUUUCUCAUUUAGGAGGUCGAGGAGACCAGUUGAAAAGCUCUAGUUUUUUUCUCUAAAUGGGACCAUAAUUUACAAAAUGCAAAAAUCGCUGUAUAGGUUCUUUGCACAUGGCAUCACGCAGCAGUAGAAAACUCCCUUGGGGGGUCAAGUUGUGAUUUCUGCAUUGAUAAAACACCAACAAAUAGUCCAUGUUUUGAGCUGUUUGUGACUGUAAAAUGUUCAAAAUGUGGAAAUAUGGACAUUCUUGAGUCUUCAGCUACUUUUGUGUCCUGACUGUAGUGAAAUAUUCAGGCAAACAAAAGAAAAGUUUUUAAAAAGUCACAAACAGCAGCAGGCAGGAAUUAAAAAAAAAACCUCUGUCUAAAGCUUGGACGAACAGUAACACACAGCACUCUCAUAUGGUCUGUUUCAACAAAGUGGUGUAGUUUGGUUCUGUCCAGUUUUGUAACAGUUUGGCACAUUUGAAUUUGUUUCCUCAGCUGCAAUCUCACCAACCUCAGGUCUCACUCGCUGUGACAGAAAAUCUCUUUUGAGAGAUCCAGAUCAUUUGACUUGGCUAAAGGAGAGCUGGUUGUUUGGCUCACAGACGGCUCUGCAUUUGGUUCCAGUUUGGCUUUUUUAAAUGUGGAUUAAAUAAUGGAGGAAAGGAAACUGGAACUCAAACGGGAGCUGUUUUGUACAAUAGGCUCGUUAGUGAAUGGUACAUCACUCAGUCACUCACCCCACAAGGUUUACUCAGGUUUAUGUUUGUGACAAAAUUAGGGUUUUUAUAUGCUAAAGGCGCUCUGCUAGCCUCUUAGCUCAGUACAAGACUCCUCUAGACUCUUGUCUCCCUUCGUCUGACUAGAUGAUGCUAGACACUAGGAGGCCUGCAGGGCUGAGUAACUGGUGAUAAUGAUCGCCACCAUGCCCGGUAAAUCAGUAAAACUGUGGAAAACUGUUUUGUAGUGUUGGAAUUGUACUAAUGCCCAUAGAAAUGUUCUGACGAUAAAAGCAGCAUAGAUAUCUAUUUAGAGCUGCGGAGUGCAGACCUUACUCUGUUCCCAUUCAUUCCUAAUGGCUGUCCCCCACUGCCUGACCCACAACGGACAUUUGGGAUCCGUGUUUCGGCCAUCAUACCAGGCGCAUAUGUGCUUCAUGUUUGUCCCGUCUCUCUGCUGUCAAAGCCCUGCCAUUCUUUUUAAAUUUAACCCCAAUAAAACUCCCUCCAAAGACGUGCUAAGCAAGGCUUUUGCUUUGAAAAGCACAAACAUGAAGUGCUUCUAGUUUAGUAGAAGUUUAGUGAACAGCUUUAUUAAACAGAUGCAUUUUAGCUUGGGGCCUUCAUCAGGGUCGUCAAGAAACAAGCUGCAAGCAUUUUCUACCAUGUGCAUGUACAUACUUGCCACAACAAGAUAGAUAUGGCUCUGUAUUUAUCAUUGUCCUGCCACAAGUCACAAAUAGACGAGCCCCCUAUUCUCCAGAUUCUCCACCUGUGAGAGAUGCAUUUCAGAUAAGAUAGCAUUUGAUGUCCCUUGUAGGGAAAUUCAUAUUAUAUAUAAUCUGAUUCACUUUACUGACUCAGUAGCCAUGGCUUUAUAGCUCAUAUGUCUGCAUGCUCUCAACUCAUGACUAAGAGAGGAAGUGGUCUUUCUGAAGCAAAUUACCUACAACCUUUACUACAUUGAUUCACUGACCGGACAGAGUUGCUACAUCUAUUUGUUAUGCAUAAAUUUUUAUCUCAGUACAUGGCUUGUGUGUCUAAAUAAUCAGAUUUGUUUUAGUUAUAACCUUGAGAGGAAGUGGGCUUUCAAAAAGCAAAUUACCAGUGUCAUUGAACAACCUUUUCUGCCUUUGUACAUCAUAGAUGCAGCUGUAGCUGACUGAUGUUUUUGUGAAGCAACCAAACCACAAAACCUAAGUUCGCUCUGUUUUUAUCAGUAUGCAUCUUUCCCCUUCAUCUCACCGCAAAGUGUGAAAAUAUACAGAUCGGAGGCAACAGAAGGUGUGUUAACGAUAUAAACGAUACAUCAGAUCAUUAAUGAGUUCAUCAAACCCUGAAACAAUCAUUCUUCUCAUUAUUUAAAUAUCCCCUUGCGUCAGGAUUGUAUUUGUGUGGGUUGGCUGCUUUAUUUGUCCUCUCUUUAAACGUUUUAGUUCAAUACAAACAGGCAGCAUCAUCAGUGUCUUUUAAAUGGGCUUUGAUUGAUCAGUAGAUUAUCUGAUAGUGAAAAUGUCUUGAUUGUUGUCAAUUGAUUGUUGUUGUUGUUGUUGCCGGUCAGUUCCUUAAAGUGUAACCUGGUUAAGUCUCAAGCUUUGUGGCUUCUGUUCUCAGAAGUUAUUGGAGGCUGCAUUCACAAUGUGGUUUUUAUGUUGCUCCAUCCUGGCCAGUUGUGGGUGGGGACUGUCCUUAAAACAAUAUCAGAGUGACAUUUCAAAGCCAACAUCAUUACUGGGUUAAAGGGGAUUUAGUUCCAUUUAAACAUGGCCACUUUCUUAAUCAUUUAAAGGUCCAAGUUAAGAGAAUUUGUAAAAAUGUGAAGGUCCCACUCACAUGAGGUAAUCCAAGCAAACUAGAGCCCUAAGUCCAGUGAGUUUGACUAAUGUGAGUGCUCUGUAACACAGCUAAGCAUCACUUUGGCCAUGCUUUUGAAAAAGACGUGACGUAUCAUUGAUGUGACUUUCUCUAAAACAAAGGUUGAGACCAGUGUUGAGAAGCACUAUCAAAAUGCGGAAGUUUGGUGCUUCUUUUUAUUGCUGUUUUUGUUAAACCGUCCGAAUAGGAAAAAACAAUUGGAGGUAAUUUUGAGUCCUAAAAGUAGUGACACAUUAAGCUCAGAAAACUAGGAACAGAGGUGGAUUAAAAGCCACCGUCCUAAAGCCUGGCGGAAAAGUCAGACAACACUCUCAAGCAGUCUGGUUUGGUUCAGCACAGUUUGGAUGAUAAACUCUGAUCUUGCUUGCUUGCUCCAAAGCUUUCGUGCAUCGUUUGUCAAGCUGCUAACAGGGGGGUGGGCCAACCACGACCUGCCUACAGCCCAACCAGCUGACACGACUGGUCUGAUGGAUUUCUGGCAUGUUUGAUAUUUUGGUCAUACAGCUCCACACACUCCUACAGUUAGAGCAGAAUCCUCAACUUAGGAGCAUUUUUGUCCUUUGGAAACUGUCCGACAGCAUUUGAAAUCCCCAUGAAAACAGCAGGAAUUACUUCAGAAUUUUUAUCGCCUGUACUCGCCUUCACUUGUACAGUGUGAGCACAUAAAUCAUAAGUGAUGGUUGUACAUCAAAGGGAUUCAGUCACACAGUAUGAGCUGAUAAUCCACCGUGACUGUUAUAGAGUCUUUUGGCUCCCAAACAGCUCUUCAUUUGGCACCAGUUUGGCUUUUAGAUAUUGAUUAAAUAAUGACAAAAAUGGAGGAAAGGAAACUGGCACUCAAACAGGAGCCAGCUCCUUUGGUUCACAGAAGAGUUGGCUUUUUAUGACAAAACAAGGGAGAAAAGCUGUUUAAAGGUGCAGCUAGCCUCCUAGCUCAGUACAAGACAACUCAAGACUCUUCUCUACCUUUUGGCUGGAUAUGGUGAUGUUGAUCACCUCUAAGCCAGGCAAUUCAGUUAACGUGGGGGAAAAUCACUCUUUUUUUUGCAAAUCUUAGGGUUUGAACCCAAUGUAGGUACAUUUUCGCAGCUUUCAGAUCCAUUUAGAGCUUUAACUCACUAACUUUCCUCCAUUCCUAUUGAUUCAUACCUGGUGUUCUUCACUUCCUGCCCCUAUCUGACAUCAUGUGACUGCAAACAAUGUGUAAGCAUCAGGCCAAUCAGCCUUGGUACAAAAAAAAAAAAAAGUUGUCUGCUGCUGCGGGUCAGUCAUCCUUUUCUACUGGAAUCAGCCGUGGUAAAAUGCCCCAAACUUUGGAAUAAGUCUGUUGGUCAAAAUAGUAGUGCUGUGUUGAAAUUUGUGUAGAAAUGAGCAGGAUUGAAGUUAGAUAGCUAUCUAAUCAGGAGAGGUUUGUUUGCACUAUGAUGCGUUUAAUGUCGUCUCGGUAAAAUGAUGGUUAGUUGAAGGUAAAGAGAACUGUUGAAGUCUUCAUGAAAGGGAGGUCAGGGUGAGAAGCUUUAGUAAAUCUGGUGGUUUGAAGAGGAAAUGUCUUUUAUAUCUAUGGAAAGUUUAAAAACUUUUCUAAAUUAGAAAAUUAUCAGGAGCGAUAUUUAUAAGGACCCAGGACAAGGAGAAUCAAUAAGGGUGUGAAUGUUUAGAAAAAUGAACAAUCCCUGUCCCUACAUGAGUGCUUUCUUUUUCUCUCGACCCCUCUGAGGCACAAAUGAAGUUUUAAAACAGGAAGUGCUUGUUUUUAGUGAAUCCUCACCUCAGCUGCGUCUGUUUCAGUGUCUGCACCGUCUCUGCAGCCUCUCUGAUCGCUCUUCUCAAUGCACUCCUCCCUCCCCACCUCCAUGUGGUGACGCACCGCAGGACUGCAAUAAGCUUUUUGCACAUUCAUGGCAGCCUUUCAGUCGUGCCUCGCAUCAUCACUUUAAGUAAUUGCUGGCAGGUUUAAACGGGUCUGUCUUUUAUUUUGAUCAGCUGAUAAUUCUAACUGGAUUAUGUGGGUUUUUUGUGUUUAAUUUCCAGUGUGAUACCUGUCUGGUAGUUGUUACAUUAAAGGCUGGCCUGUGUAUUAAUCCUCCCGACACUACAUGCAUCCUUCACUGGAAACACUGUACGACCCAUUCACACUGAAUUUGACUAUUAAAUGUAGUUUGUUUGAUUUUGCUGUAUCUGUGUAGUCCUCUUGGUUUGUUUUGCAUCGUCUGUUUUGUGUUCCCUGAAGAGACCCUACUGUAGAGGACUGAUAGACAAACAUGGGGUCAGCGGAGGGUUACCAUGCAGCUGUAUCUCACUUGAAAUGUAUAUAAACUAUGGUUUUAAUAAAAUAAAGAGCUGUACAUAUUCAA